GAAAAAUACAUCGUUUCUGCUAAUACUAAGAUAGGAGUAGUAUAUUAAACUCUUAUUCCUCAAUACAAUGCAGUAACGCACAUAUCCCAUUGAGUCAGACCUCCGAGUUCUCACCGUGUCAUUACCUUACCUUUCCGACCCCCUAUAAAUAUCUUCCCUUGAACGCCUCCCUGCCGUAACCUCCAGUUUUCCCUCACUCAAAUCCAAAACAGUUUCUUUCUGAAACCACUUUUUUUUUUUCCCUCUAUAAGAAACAGAGGCUUAUUCUGGGAUUUGAAGGAAGAAGGAAAAACAGCCAAAAGCAAAAUGAAAGCGAGUUUGGUUGUUGAUGAUGGUUUCAUCUACGAAGAAGAGAAGCUUCUCACUGUUCUCAAAACCUCCCUGUUUUUCGCCAACGAUGGCUUCACCGUUUACGACUGCAACGGGCAAUUAGUCUUCCGAGUCGACUCCUACGGGCCUGACACCCGUGAUAGGGGUGAAGUCGUCCUCAUGGACGCUCAGGGCAGGUGUCUGCUCACUGUGAGAAGAAAGAGGCCGAGUUUGCAUCACCGGUGGGAAGGGUACAUGGGUGACGGGUCGGACGCAAAAAAGCCGGUGUUCAGCGUCCGGAGAUCGUCGAUUAUCGGGCGGUGCAGCGUGGCGGUUGAGGUGUACGGGAACCCAGGGGAGGAGUACCAGAUCGAAGGCAACUUCGGACAGCGAAGCUGCUCGAUCUUCGAUGCGGAGAAGAAAGUGGUGGCGGAGAUCCGACGCAAAGUGGAUUCCUCCACUAAUGUGGUGCUUGGCAAGGACGUAUUCUCUCUGUGCCUCAAACCCGGAUUCGAUGGAGCGUUCGCCAUGGGAUUGGUUCUGAUUCUUGACCAGACCAGCGGUGAUGAUUACGUGGAGAAUGAUGGCACCGACGUGCAACCCACUGCAGCGGAUUGAUCGCUGCCCUUAGCUCUAGAAUUUUGUUUUCUUCUUGUAAUUCCACUGAAUUAUGGGGAGAAAUAUGUGUAAAAUCCUUUUGUAUAUUUUAGUGGUAACUGAGUAAUAAGAUUUGCUUGCUUUUGAGGUUCUUCAGAAUUGGUCAAUGGUAUUUUUUUUUUUAAAUAACUCGUAUUUUAUUUU